UUUAAGUUUGUAUUCAUUAUUUGAUAGAAAUAAUUAAACUUAAAUUGAAAUAAUGUUUUCAUUGAGUUUUACUUCGUUUGGUGUUAUAAUUUCGGCACUCAUUGGCCUUUAUUUAUAUUUGAGCCGUAAUUUCAAUUACUGGUCAUCUCGUGGUAUAAAAGGCCCAAAACCUAUCAUAUUAUUAGGAAAUGUUUGGGAAUUGUUUUUCCGUACUUUUCAAGAAGUUGAAGACAACAGACUUGAGAAAUACGGCAAAAUUUAUGGCGCAUAUAUGGGAUCAAAACCACAACUAGUAGUCGCGGAACCAGAAUUGGUGAAAAAUAUUAUGAUCAAAGACUUUCACUUAUUUGUGAAUCAUAACAAUUUGGGAUCUAUUGAUGAAAUAGCGGAUCAUUCGUUGCUUUCAGCUGAAGAUGAGGAAUGGAAACGAUUGCGAUCUAUUGUUUCUCCGACAUUCAGUACCGGAAAGAUCCGUAAAAUGCAUGCAAUGGUUGAGCACUGCGUUAAAGGUGUGGACAAAAUGCUGGAAAAGGCGGCGAACGGCGAGCAAGAAGUUGACGUGCGGUCACUAAUGGGUAACUACACUAUGGAUGGGAUCGCCAGCUGUGCCUUCGCUACGAAGACAGACACACAUAACGAUCCGAACAAUCCAUUUAUAAUCAACGCUAGAAAACUGUUUAGUCAAAACAUGUGGAGAUCCUUUGGGUAUUUGACAAUGAAACCAGUGAUGAAAUUCUUCAACAUAUCUAUAUUAGAGCCGACGACUACUGACUUCUUUAAGAAAGCUAUCACAGAAAUAGUGAGUCAAAGAAAGAAAGACAAGAGUGGAGGCCAUCACGACUUUCUGCAACUUAUGAUUAACGCACAGAAAAAUGUGGACAAUUUGGACGACAUCGACGAUAAACUGAUGGCCGCGGAGGCGCACCACGGGAUGGAUGACAACAGCAAACUAUUAACUAACAAAUCCAAACUGGAAGUGUCAGACCUCGACAUAUUGGCAAAUAGUCUUCUUUUCUUUUUGGCCGGUUUUGAGACAACUGGUCAUCUGUUGUCACACAUGAGCUAUUUGUUGGCCAUUAAUCCCGAGUGUCAGAAGAAACUGAUGGAAGAAGUGGUGGCAAACACUGACGCCAACGGAAAC